CGGAGCUGCCCACCGGCACGGCACAGCGGUGCGGUUUGUGUCCCCCCCCCCCGCGGUUAAAUUCCGCGUGGCGGGGCUGCGGGGGAAGGGGCGCUCUCCCCGCCGUUACUGGGCAGUUGGCCGGCCCUGCGGGGGGGGACACGAGAGGGGACACACAUAGGCGCGUGACACCGGCACCCCGCGGCCCGGCCGCCGGUACCGGGGAGGGGGGGGCGGGGCCUCGGCGCCCCGCCCCGCCCCGCCGCGCUGCACGCUGGGAGCGGAAGCGGCGGCCGCGCUGAGGCGAGGAAGGCAGCAUGGCAGCCGCCGGCAAGAGGAGCCUGGCGGAGCUGAGCCUGGACGAGUUUCUCACCGCCGGGUCCGAGUCGGAGGCUGACGGCGGCUGGGAGGAGGAGGAGGAGGCCGCCAGGCCCGCCAAGGGCUCGGCGCAGCGGCGGCCCAGCGGGAAGGCGGAGCAGAAUGGGAAGGCGAAGCAGCCGCUCCGGGCCCCACCGGCGGGGAGGAAGAAGGGAAAAGCAUCUGAACAUAAAGAUCAGCUCUCCCGGCUGAAGGACAAAGACCCUGAAUUUUAUAAGUUUUUGGAGGAAAAUGAUCGUACACUACUGGAUUUUGAUGCUUCAGACAGCUCCGAUGAGGAGGAGGCGUUGCACAUACCACCUGAUAAGCUGGAGGAAGCAAGUGAUGAAGAUGAAGAAGAAGAACAGGAAACAGUGAAACGGAAGAAAGUUUCUUUGAUCCCUGUGAGCUUGAAAAUGGUUGAAGAAUGGAAAAAAGCUGCAGAGAGAAGGCCAACACCAAAACUUUUCCAUGAAAUCACUCAAGCCUUUAAAGCAGCUGUAGCAACCACCAAAGGAGAUAAUGGUGGGGCUGAUCCUAGCAAAUAUCAAAUCAUCGAUGCUGCAGUGUUCAAUGCCCUUGUGUCCUUCUGUGUCCGGGACCUCUUCAGCUGUGUGCAGAAGCUGCUUCUUCUGAAACCCCCAAAGAACAAACUAAAAAUGGUCCUCCCUUCCACCAGCCCACUUUGGAGCAAGCUGCGACUGGACAUAAAAGCGUACCUCAGCUGUACUGUACAACUCCUGUCUUGCUUAACAGAAGCCUCAGUUGGUGUUGCAGUCCUUCAGCAUGUCAACUCCAUAGUGCCUUAUUAUUUGUCCUUUCCCAAGCAGUGCCGUGCACUUCUCAAGCAAACAAUUAAUUUGUGGAGCACAGGUGAGGAAACAGUGAGAGUACUGGCCUUCCUUGUGCUGAACAAGAUCUGCCGCUACAAGAAAGAGGUGUACCUGAGUCCAUUGCUUAAGCAAAUGUACAUCGCAUUUGUGAAGAAUUCCAGAUUCACCUCUCCCAAUGUCCUGCCCAUGAUCAAUUUCAUGCAGCGCACACUGACAGAGAUGUAUGCUGUGGACACACACACCUCUUACCAGCAUGCCUUCAUCUACAUCCGUCAGCUUGCCAUCCACUUGCGCAGUGCGAUGACGAUAAAGAAGAAGGAGAAUUUCCAGUCUGUUUAUAACUGGCAGUAUAUCCACUGCCUGUAUUUCUGGUGUCGGGUUCUCAGCACAAUCUAUCCCAGUGAGGUCAUGGAGCCGUUGAUCUAUCCUUUGACGCAGGUCAUCAUUGGCUGUAUAAAGCUGGUACCGACGGCUCGUUUCUACCCUCUGCGCAUGCACUGCAUCCGUGCACUUACGCUGUUGUCUGAGAACACCAGGACCUUCAUCCCAGUGUUGCCACUUAUCCUGGAGGUUUUCCAACAAGUGGAUUUCAACAAGAAGCCAGGACGGAUGAGUGCUAAGCCUAUAAACUUUGCAGUGAUCUUGAAGCUUUCCAAUGUCAACCUGCAGGAGAAGGCCUUCCGAGAUGGACUCAUUGACCAGCUCUAUGACCUGAUGCUUGAGUAUCUCCAUUGCCAAGCCUACAGCAUUGGAUUCCCAGAGUUGGUUCUCCCCACUGUCAUUCAGCUAAAAUCUUUCUUGAAGGAAUGCAAGAUUUCCAACUACUGCAAGCCUAUCCGGCAGCUCCUGGAGAAACUGCAGGAAAAUUCUGCCUACAUCGCCAGCAGGCGUCAGAAAGCUACCUUCGGCGUGGCCAGCAGGGAGUCUGUGGAACAAUGGGAGAAGCAGGUCAAAGAGGAGGGAACACCUCUGACCAAGUAUUAUACUCAGUGGAAGAAGCUAAGAGAGAAGGAGAUACAACUGGAAAUCAGCGGCAAAGAAAGACUUGAAGACUUGAACUUCCCAGAAAUCAAGCGUAGGAAGCAAAAUGAAAACAAGGAAGAAGAUAAGAAGGAAUUCAAGGACCUCUUUGACCUGGACAGUGACUCUGAUGAGGAGAAUGUUGGAUUCCCUAUAAAAGGUAAAGCCAAAAGCAAGCAGGCGUCAGACGACAGUUCAGAAGCAAGCAGCGAGGAGUAUGGCGAGGAUGAUGAUGAAGAAGAAGGAAAGUAUGAAAUCGAGGAGGACGAGGAAGAAGUGGAGGAAGACGACAGUGAUUCAGAUGAGGAAGACAAGGAAGCUGCUGGGGUUUCCCAAGGGUCACAGAAGCAGAGGAACGGCACUCGCGGGAUGUCACGAUCUGACCUCGAACAGCUGGCCCAAGGAGAAGAGGACAUUGUGGAGGACUUGGCUUUCUCUGAUGAGGACUGAGCACCCUCAGGACCACCCCCCUCCAAGCCUGUCCCCUCCAGAGCUGCUGGGUACUGGAUCUCCAGCCUCCGGUGCCUGUAGCUGGGUCUCAAAGAGGUGGUAAGAGCUGGGGAGCACGGAGGGUGGGAAGCCACCCCCAGGUGCCGCCGAGGACUUUCUCAGUGACGCAGCAGAGACGCUACUUGGACUCUCAAGCUUUUUCUACCAGUUAUGUUUUUGUUAACAGUAAAAUCGUGGCCAUGUCAAAGCCAGUAAAACUGCUCAGGAUAGGUAAUAAAAAGCCCUCAUUAAAAUCUGCUGCUUUAAAUA